AUGACUCGCCGCAUGCAAUUAAACGACAAAGGAUGGGUGGUUAGAUUGUUUGCAGGUUUUGUGUUUAGCAAAUCAUUUCUUAAUUUUGAAUUGAAAAAUUAUGACUAUAUUAAUAAUACUUUUCUUAUAACCAAAUAUACUAAUGAAGAUGAAAUUAAAUAUGUUAAUAUAUUUGUUGAAAAUAUUAAAGAUAGUAGUUUAGAAAAUAUACAUAAAGAAUAUAAAAAUGGUUUAGAAGAUAAGCUUGAAGAUAGUUCUUUAAAGAAGAUAAGUAUGAAACAGAUCAUCAUUUCUUUUAAGAUGCUUGAGCAAUAUUUAAAAUACUAUUCUACAAAAAUAGCUUUAAAACAAAGAUAA